CCGUGCAGUGACGUAGGAGAUUCCACGGUGCCCACUGCCGUAGGCAACUACGGCAUGCUCGAGUAUAUAUGGGACAGUUGUGGCCAUGGAAAGGCACACUCUCAGUCGCUCCGACUCGGGAACCAGGGCAUCAGCGGAGAUAGCAAGGUUUUUCGCCCUCUCAGGCUAACUCGCUUUGGGCUUUGGUUCAGGAUGGACAACUCUUCUAUUUCUCGGAGCCGACGAAGCUCCAUCAUGCGCAACUGCAAAAGCGGUCUCUCUCUCUGGCUGGUGGUGUGGUUGGUCCUCGGCAAGCCAAGUCCGGCGUCGGCGUGUCCGCACCGCUGCGUGUGCUACCCGACACCCAUGACUGUGAGCUGCCAGGCGCAAAACUUCACUGCCGUCCCCGUGGGAGUGCCCUAUGAAUCUCAGCGCGUAUUCCUCCAGAACAACCGGAUAAUGGAGCUCAGAGUUGGCUCUUUUGGCUUCGGAACUCAGGUUCUGUGGCUGUUCUCCAACAACAUCACGUGGAUUGAGGCAGGCGCCUUCAGUGAGCUGAGGGACUUGGAGGAGUUGGAUCUGGGAGACAACCCCACACUUCACAGGCUUGAAGGGGGAGCUUUCCGAGGCCUUGAAAAGCUCCAGAGCCUCCAUAUGCACCGCUGCCGGCUCUCAAGACUGCCCCAUGACAUCUUCCACAAACUUUACAGCCUACAGUUCCUCUACCUGCAGGAAAACAACCUGAACCAUCUGCAAGAUGACCUAUUUUCUGACCUCAUCAACCUGAGUCAGUUGUUCUUGCAUGGCAACCGCAUUCGCACCCUUUCAGAGAAUGUGUUUCGCGGCCUGGUCAACCUUGACCGACUUCUUCUUCACGACAACCGCAUCCGUCAGGUGAACCGACGCGCCUUCCGUGAUCUGGGCCGUUUGACAAUGCUGUUCCUUUUCAACAACUCCCUGGCUGAGCUGCCAAGCCAGACUCUGAGGGACACCCAGGGCAUCGAGUUCCUCCGCCUCAACGCCAACCCCUGGUCCUGUGGCUGUGAGGCCCGUGCUCUGUGGGAGUGGUUCCGUGAGGCCCGUGUGUCAUCAUCUGAGGUAAUCUGUGCCUCCCCUUCCGACCGCCGUGGCCAGGACCUCCGAUUCCUCCGUGAGAUGGACUUCGCCCUCUGCCCCCUGCCUGAUCCUGGCUCUAUUGCUGGCUCCACUACCACCACCUUCAGCACCAAGACCCGCUGGUGGUUCCAUAAAAACAAGCCUCAGUCCUCUACUAAAGGCCUCUUUGAGAAGUCGUCAGAGACUGUCAAAGCUGGCUUGUAUGGAAAAGGCCCAUCUACGACCACCUCUGUGGUCAAGUAUGAACUGGGGGAAGAAGAGCUGGCUCUGCCCAAAGUUGAGCUUGAAGAAUACUGGGCUAACUAUGGCAAUGAAGACCCAGGUUUCACAUUGCGAUGCAUUGAGGUUGAAUGUCCUGAGUUUGAUUUGCCACCAUCUUCCUCCUCUCCCAGAUCGUCCUUACCUUCUCCACUUUCUCUAUUAGCCCUCUCUACGUUCACCUUUUGCCUCCACCUACUAUUUGGCUGAACUGAACUCUUAGUGCCACACCCUUCCAUUGCAGCCUGUUUUAGAGGCUGUAGGAAUCCUGUUAGACUCUUUAUACCCCCUUUGCCCACUGUGCUGUCAAUCCUCAAAGAACAGCGUGGGAGAUUGGGGAAAUGGCUAGAUUCUUAAUCUAACACCUAUAGGGCUUAACACAUAUUCAGGGCUGCUAAGAGUUCCUCAGCUACAAUCAUCUACAGUGAUCUACAGGUAUGGCUUUCUGUGCCUUACCUGUGAUACGACUCCCUGCGAUCAAGACAAAGAGGGCUGAGUCCAUCAUCAGUAAGAAGGCAAUUUGAUAGCAGUUGUGUACAAUGUUGUCAAUUCUGUCACCUCAACUUUAGUCAGUACUACUAGUGCAAUUAGUGCAUCCAGUUGUCUGGUUGCUAUGAAUGCUACAAUUACUGUUAGAACCACUGUACAGUAAUUACACUACUGUAACCACUUAAAGUGUCAUGUAAAUAGGUUUGUGUCAUGUGAGUGUUCAGACUGAUAUUUGUGGUCCAGCACAAUUACUUUUCAUUUGGAUCCAGGAAAACUGUGAAGGCUUGUGCCUCUACUAGACAGAGCACCGUGCAUAGUGAAGCAGGUGAGAGAUAGAAGAACAGCAAUACUGUGAAGAAGACAACAGAGAGGAAUUCAAGAUGGUUCAGAGAGAGAACGAGAAUAAGUGAGUGUUUGAGCAGCAAUAAGAGAGUGUCAGUGCUGGCAGUAGAAGCAGCAACCUAAGAGAUAAGUAAUAAACUGGCUCAUCUGUAGUUCUUCUGCUCUUUCAUCGCAAAUCUUUCAACAUCCUCUGUAAAUAUUAUGUUGUUUUGCAACAACCACAUAGAGAGAAUGCUUUCUUUCGGGAAGCUGGAGAUUUUUGAUUUUGGAUGUCUUUCUGUGACAUAUUGAUAUAAUGUGUGAUGAAUGUUAACUUGAAUGCCAAUGAAUGAUCUUGAUAUAAAAGAUACACUGAAUAUUUCCUGCAUCAUGCCUUUCUUUGAUAAAUCUGUUAUAAUUAGAAGAUUUUUUUGUGGGGGACCAAGGUUGAUAUUUGAAGCAAAAUGAAUGCUGAAGGGAAUAUGGUAAAUCAAAAAAAACAAAACAGGAGAUUGGUGACAGAACUGUGUAAAGAAUGUGUGGAAUCAAAGAACUGACCACACAGUCACAUGUGCGGCUGUCGCUCUCUGAGCGUGAGUGUGUGCGUCCAAGGCAAUGAAUGGAAUCACAAAUUGGCAACUCUGCAAAGGCAGAUACGUCACUAGAUUUAGCACUUCUUUGACUCACUAACGGGUAGUGCCAAACUGACAGAUGAGGUGCAAAUUGGAUGCUUUUUGCUACCAAAACUAAGAGAGCAAUACAAGGAUCUGAAGCCAGUCAUAAGAUAAAUUAAGACUCACGUGCAGACUGGUUGAGAUGAUGUAAGCAUAGUCUAAAAAGUAAGGUUGGAAAACAUUUUCAUUGGGGAAAUAGGUAAAGCAGAAAAGGGAAGUUCCUAAAUACAGGCAUUCACUUAAAGAUAGGGAAUAUGCAGAUGUUCAACUAUCCCUUUAGUUAUUGUCUGUUUGCCAAAUGUUACACUGUUUAUCUCAAGCUUCAUUUUCCAAGGGAAAUGGAAAGGAUCCUUCAACAAAGUUGACCAGGCAAAGACAAGGAUAGUAUAAUAGUGGGUGGUAAUAUUAAAGAUCUUCAGGCUUGCAGCAGAUGGAAUGUGAGCUUUUCUGUGCUCUCCAAUAUUUUAACAUUUCUUACCACAACAGAGAAGGACUGUGUGAAAUAUUCAGUGCCAUCCUGCUGUUUAGUCCCAUGUUCAAACUCCUACAGGAGGUCAAACUGAGCCAGGGUGCUCUCUAGUGAACAUGAAGUCACUUUCAGAUGACCAAAGUGCCAGUUAUACCAUUUUCCCAAGUUUUCCUUUGUUAGAUUGACACUCUGCAUGUUUCAUGUUUUGUAUCUGAGAAGAGAUCGUCAAUAUAUUAAAUACUGUUUGUUAUUUAUUUUUACUGUUGAAGAA